GAAAACAGACGAGGAGUGAAAACCAAUGGGACGCACCCCUAAAAACUUUUCAAAUCUCAAAUCGGUCCCAUUUCUCUACCCCAUUCUGAGAGAAAACUUCAAGUCCCAGCGUACCAUGCGUCUCUUACGCUGAAUGUGUAAUUUGUAUUCAAGGCAGCUGCUUUGACUGUUUGUAGGAGGAGAAAAGGCUUCAGUCUAUGACUGCGUUACAUGGCAGGAGGAUCUCGACUGAAAGAAAGAAAAGACGUGAACGAACGGACUAAGAAAGGGAAAAAGGAAGACUGGAAUAAUUUUGAACCAAGGGGACUAAGCAAACUAAUAGGCUACUGGCUGCAAGAAAAAGAGAAGCGGGCAUUUUCUGACAUCGGUUCCUGGUGUUGAAGUUCACCAUUGCAAUAUGAGCAUUCGGCUACGGAGAAACCGGCGUAAAGGGGGCUCCGAAAACUGCGGUCUGUACCAGUGCUAAAAUCGCCAAUGCACUCGCCGAAUCGGACAUCAAGCCAUUUGAAGCCGUCACACCACACAUUGCAUGGUCUCGAGAAUAUGACAGCAGCACCACAACUAUCUGGCUUUCCCGCAGCCGUGACCCAUCUCCGGAAAUAAAGAUCUUAACUUCCGAUGAUAAGAUCCCUGACUGUUUUAGCUAAGUGCUAUAGUGUUGGGUUUGUCGCCAAGGGAACUUUUUCAGCAUUUGGAUUUGGGUGUCCGCUACAGAGCAGGUGGCCACCAGGGCACAGGUUAUGGAAUUAAAAUCAAUAAAAAGUGAUUAAACUAACGGAACACGUGUACCAGCGAGUUCCCUGCGCAUUGGACACCGUCGUCUUCAAAAAAUAAAAAAUAAAAAUACUGCAAUGACUGAAGGCAGUCUCGCUCCAUUAAUCUGACACGGAGGGGGACCCUAGCUGCAUCCUGGCAUAGACAGCGUAUUACGCACCAGGACGCGUCGGACCUACAACCAGCAACCUUGAAUGAAUGUCUGCAGCCAGCGUGAGAGGCGGCUGCGGGUCCGUGGUUUGAAAUAAGAGCCAGGGCCUGCGCUUGAGAGGUUUAGGGCCCAGGCGGAGGAAUGAGGCGAGCCUUAUGAGGGAUCUCCAGAACGGCAGGUCUUCACUAUGGCGCAAACCAGUUUGCUGCAGGGGAAACGGUUUUACUGCAGGGAGUGGGUCUUCCACAAGCUUCAACACUGCUUGCUGGAGAAGACCAACGGCCUCACCGCCCUGAGCAGCAGUGGCGGCACCCCCGGUGCGGCCCCGCCCCCAGGCCCCGGAGCCUCGGGCAAGGGGGCGGCGACCUGGGGUGUGCUUUUGGUGGGGGGGCCCGGCAGCGGCAAGACGGCACUCUGCACAGAGCUGCUUUGGCCCAGUUCCCCCCAGGGAGCCCACAGGGGCCUGCACCGCCAGAGCCUGGCCUUCCACUUCUGCCGGGCCGACGACUCGGACACCCUCUGCGUCAGUGGCUUCGUCCGGGGGCUGGUGGCCCAGCUGUGUCGCAGUGGGCUGGUGCCCGGGUACGAGGAGAAGGUGCGGGACCCUGCCGUGCAGAGCGCCCUGCAGCCUGGGGAGUGUGAAAGGGACCCUGCCGAGGCUUUCAAGAGGUGUGUCCUCGUUCCUCUGCUGAACCUGAAGGCUCCGUCCCAGGCCCUCUUCGUCCUGGUGGACUCGAUCGACGAGGGCUGCCAGCUGGGCGACGGCGAGCAGCGGUCGGCGGGGUCCUCCAGGAGCAUCGCCGAGCUCCUGGCCUCUCACCAUGAGUUCCUGCCCCCCUGGCUCCUCCUCAUCUGCUCCGCCCGGCGGCAGAACAAGGCCGUCACCAAGCUGUUCACAGGAUUUCGCAAGAUCAGCCUGGAUGACCUGCGGAAAGCCUACAUCGUCAAGGACGUCCAGCAGUACAUCCUGCAUCGCCUGGACCAGGAGGAGGCGCUACGGCAACACCUCACCAAGGAGACGGCCGAGAUGCUGAACCAGCUGCACAUCAAGAGCAGCGGCUGUUUCCUGUACCUGGAGCGCGUGCUGGACGGUGUGGUGGACAGCUUCAUCAUGCUGCGCGAAAUCCGCGACAUCCCCGGCACGCUCAAUGGCCUCUACCUCUGGCUCUGCCAGCGCCUCUUCGUCCGCAAGCAGUUCACCAAGGUGCAGCCCAUCCUCAACGCCAUCUUAGCCGCCCGCCGACCCCUGACCGUCAAAGAGCUGUACCACGCCGUGUGGACCAAGAACAUGGCGCUCACCAUGGAGGAGUUCCAGAAGAAGAUGGACAUCCUGUCCAAGCUGCUGGUGGAGGGUCUCGGUGGCACGCGGAUCCUGUUCCACUACAGCUUUGCGGAAUGGCUGCUGGACGUGAAGCACUGCACGCAGAAGUACCUGUGCAACGCCGCCGAGGGCCACCGCAUGAUGGCCAUGAGCUACACCUGCAGGGCCAAGGAGCUGCAGCCGCGCGAGGUGCAGGAGUUCGCCUUCCACCUCAUCAACUCCAACCUGCAGAUCGAGCCCUCCAAUCUGGCGCUCUGGAUGGUGUGGAACGGCACCCCGGCCCAGGACUCCCUCAGCACCUCCAUCCCCAAGGAGCAGGAGGUGCUGCAGCUGCUGGUGAAGGCCGGGGCGCACGUGAGCGGCAGCGAGGGGGAGCGGGCCUCCUGCGCCGUCCAGCAGGCCCUGGAGCGGGAGGACUCCAUCCGCACCCUGCUGGAUAACGGCGCCUCCGUCAACCAGAGCGACUCGGGAGGGCGCACCCUGCUGGCCAACGCUGCGUACAGCGGCAACCUGGACGUGGUCAACCUGCUGGUGUCGCGCUGCGCCGACCUGGAGCUGGAGGACAGCCACGGGCAGACGGCGCUGACGCUAGCGGCCAGGCAGGGCCACACCAAGGUGGUGAACUGCCUGAUCGGGCGAGGGGCGGACAUCGACCACACCGACCACGACGGCUGGACGGCUCUCCGCUCGGCGGCCUGGGGCGGCCACUCGGAGGUGGUUUCGGCGCUGCUCUACGCCGGCGCCAAGGUGGACUGCGCCGACGCGGACAGUCGGACCGCGCUCAGGGCGGCGGCCUGGGGGGGCCACGAGGACAUCGUGCUCAACCUGCUCCAGCACGGCGCCGAGGUCAACAAGGCCGACAACGAGGGGAGGACGGCGCUCAUCGCGGCCGCCUACAUGGGCCACCGCGAGAUCGUGGAGCACCUGCUGGACCACGGCGCCGAGGUCAACCACGAGGACGUGGACGGCCGCACCGCGCUCUCCGUGGCGGCGCUCUGCGUCCCCGCCAGCAAGGGCCACGCCUCGGUGGUCAGCCUCCUGAUCGACCGGGGCGCCGAGGUGGACCACUGUGACAAGGACUGCAUGACCCCGCUCCUGGUGGCCGCGUACGAGGGCCACGUGGAUGUGGUCGACCUGCUUUUGGAGGGCGGGGCCGACGUGGACCACACGGACAACAACGGGCGCACCCCCCUCCUGGCGGCCGCCUCCAUGGGCCACGCCUCGACCGUCAACGCCCUGCUGUUCUGGGGCGCGGCGGUGGACAGCAUCGACGGGGAGGGCAGGACGGUGCUGAGUAUCGCCUCUGCCCAGGGAAACGUGGAGGUGGUGCGCACCCUGCUGGACAGGGGGCUGGAUGAGAACCACCGGGACGACGCCGGCUGGACCCCCUUGCACAUGGCCGCCUUCGAGGGGCACCGGCUGGUGUGCGACGCGCUCAUCGAGCAGGGCGCCCGCUGCACCGAGGUCGACAACGACGGCCGCGUCCCACUCAUCCUCGCCGCCCAGGAGGGCCACUACGACUGCGCCCGGAUCCUUCUGGAAAACAAGUCCAGCGUGGACCAGCGGGGGUACGACGGGAGGAACUCGUUGCGGGUCGCGGCGCUGGAGGGCCACCGGGACGUGGUGGAGCUUCUUCUCAGCCACGGCGCCGACCUGGACCACAAGGACGCCGACGGCAGGCCCACCCUCUACAUCCUGGCGCUGGAGAACCAGCUGGCCAUGGCCGAGUACUUCCUGGACAGCGGGGCGGACGCGGAGGCGCGGGAUCCCGAGGGGAGGACGGCGCUCCACGUUUCGUGCUGGCAGGGGCACCUGGAGAUGGUGCGGCUCCUGGUCGGCCGCCGCGCCGACGUCAACUCCUGCGACAACGAGAGGCGCUCCGCCCUGCAGUCGGCAGCCUGGCAGGGCCACGCCCACGUCGUUCAGCAUCUGAUCGACAGCGGCGCCCGGGUCGACCACACCUGCAACCAGGGCGCCACAGCGCUGGGCAUCGCCGCCCAGGAGGGCCACCUGGACGUAGUGCGGAUCCUUCUGGAACACGGCGCCGACCCCAACCACGCCGACCAGUUCGGCCGCACGGCCAUGCGGGUGGCCGCCAAGGGGGGGCACGCCCACAUCAUCAAGCUCCUGGAGAAGUACGGGGCGUCCGUGGUCCUGAACGGGUGCAGCCCGUCCCCCGUCCACACCAUGGACGAGCGGCAGCCCGUCGGUGCGGCGGGAAAGCUGCAGUCGCUCGCCGCCAAGUCCAACAGCUCCGGCAGCACCGGCGCCGCCAACAACGGGCCGGCCCACGCUUUCAGCUCGCCCUCUGAGUCGCCCGACUCCACGGUGGACCGCCACAAGUCCUCCCUCUCCAACACCUCCCUCAAGAGCUCAAAGAACUCCUCCCUGCGCACCACCUCCUCCACCGCCACGGCCCAGACCGUGCCCAUGGACAGCUUCCACGGCCUCAGCUUCACCGAGCAGAUCCAGCAGCACUCCCUCCCACGCAGCAGGAGCCGCCAGUCCGUCGUCUCCCCCACCUCCACCAGCCGCUCCCUCGGCCUGCAGCAGCCGCCCCCUCCUCCCGCCUCCCCGCCCUCUGCCGAAUUUGAGUGGGGUCAGAUAAAGCCCAGCCUGAGGUCCACCAAAACGGGCAAAACCGGACACGGGGUGUCCAAUGGAUCCUCCAGCAAGGGAGUAGGAGGAGGAGGAGGCUCCGGGGAGAGGAAGAAGCCCAAAAAUGCAGGGUCGUCCUCACAGGGCCAGGUCCUGGAGUAUGAGAUGACCCAGUUCGACAAGAGGGUCGCGCUGGGCAAGCCGGUGCUGGGACAGGGCAUUGGCGUCGGGGGGCUGAAGGACCCUCCCUGCAAGCUGGCGGGCCAGUCCUCAGCAGCCCACCAGCAGUUCCUCAUUCAACAGCAAGUGUGCGCCGAGAAGAAAAGGAAUGGCAUCAUGACCAACCCCAACUACCACCUGCAGGGUAACCAGGUGUUCCUGGGGAGAGUGUCUGUGCCCAGAACUGUGCAGGACAGGGGGCACCAGGACGUGCUUGAAGGCUACCCCAUUGGCGAGACAGAACUGAGCCUCAAGCAGGCCCUCAAGCUGCAGAUUGAAGGAUCAGACCCCACCUUUAACUACAAGAAGGAGACGCCAUUAUAGCUGGUGUCCAUCAUCCAGACAUUGGGAAGAAGAAUGUGCCAAAGCAAGCUCCUUUUGUCCACGUCAUUUAGCGACCCUGUUUCCACACACGUUCCCGCCUGGAACCUUUGGAACGUGCCCGAUGCCUGGGGGAAAAAUGUGGCCAGCGCACAGGAAGUCCCUCCCCACAGACUGAUACUGCAGUGUGCCUACAUCUGUGAUGGCCUUUUCUCUCUGUCCUGCACGCUACCCUUUUAUUUAAUAAUUCAUAUUUAAUAUGCAGAGUAUGCACUUUUUUGGGGAAUUAAAGUUUUGUUUUCAUUUCCUCACAUUUUUAUUUUGUUUGUUUUCUAACAAACAACUUGUUAUUUUAUGUAAAUGUUACAAUGUUUAAGUUUUUUGUUUGCUUUGUUUUUAAUGUGUAUUAAUUGUCCUGCCUGCUCUUGUUUGGGACAAUCUAUGAAGAGCAACGCCGCCACAUCUUCAUGUUAAAUAUCAAGAUAUUGUAUGACAUGGGGUACCUCUACCCGCAUCGAUGCUCUGCCUUCCUCCGACACCCCAAAACUCUGUGUUAAGCUGGAAACACAGAUCGUUUCAGUGUUCUGAACAUCUCGUGUGUGAUAUGUUAAUUGCAAUGCUAAGUUACAAUGUGGGUAUAAUCAAAGCAUAUUUAUUAUGGAAAAAGCCACUUUUUUGUUUGUAUUCUAUGUUAAACCAUGGUGCUCAUAAGUUGACUGCAGUUCAGUUGGAUUCCUCCCAUGAGUGUGCUUGCAUCAUUUGUUUGUUUUGUGCAUCUGAGUAUGAGUAUUACUGGAGUGUUUGAGAGAGAAUGGGGCGUGUUAAUUCAAUGUUGAAAGGUGGCGUGCAUUCAUUUAGUCCCUUGUGGGACCUUCCUUUAUCACAUGUAUGUGCUAAAGUUUUUUUUUUUGUUGUUGUUGUUUAAAUGGCAAAAAAAGAAUAACAUGGACUGCAGAGUUUGGUGCUAAAUGCGAAAGUUCUCAGAGUCGAAAGCGCGAUGUUUGUUUCCCCUCCUUCCACAGUACAGGACUUGUGCGCUGCAAUUCAAGGAAGGAACUGCUUGCCCCCCUCUUCCCCAGUACUGUCGUCAGACUAUGUGGACAGCACAUUUUUGUGGCCUAUGCCACAAGCUUCUCUCCCUCUUACUUCACCCCCAUAAAAAAAGGUUUUAGAAUAGCUGAUUCUGCCUGACAUUGUCUAAAUCAUUGCUUUAAAUGUUUCACAUGUUGAGGCAGCUCAGCGGGAAAACAUUGGUUUUUCAAGAGCAGCGGUUCCAUAGUCCACGGAAGUGGCUCCCCAUUGAGGGGGUGAGGUGGGGGUGAUUGGGAGGGGUAUUCGUUGGAGAAACAGCGCAUCUGUUCCUUGCUGGACUGGAGAUGGGAAUGUGAGCAUUUGUGUCCCUUUUUUCCCCCCAAAUUCAUUGAAUUUUUUUUUUUUUUUUUUUUGUUUUAAUAAAUGUGCUGGCCUUUCAUGUUAACACUGUUCCACUGUUGUCCAAAGAGAGAGAGAAGGUAGUCGAGUGGAACAGAGAGAUAAUGUAUGCAUAGCUACAUUUAAUUAAGGCCAAACGAGGCAUUCUCUUUGAGAAAGGAUGUGAACUGAAGGGAUUUUUUAAAUUUAGUUUUUUAUUCUCUUAUGUUUAUUCCUCCUUUUUUAUUUUAUGCACUAGCAAGGAAGCAGAAGUGAAAUGGAAAGUGCUAAGGGCUCUUUGAAGACCUGUUCUGGACAGUAUUCACCCAUCUUAAGACAUUUUGUUCACUCAGCUUUUUUUUUUCCCAUUUUGCUAAGAAAGUGUCUGUUUUAUCCUGUCAUGUUUCAGAAUUUCAGUUAAACCAUUAGUUGUAAAUAGCUUACAGUGUACAUUGAACUGCUCAAUUUAAAUUCUUAUUUCUUGUAUUAUACUGAGCUGAAAUUCCUGAUGUAUAUUAAAGUGCUUAAUAAAUAUAUUUGCUUUACUGCGGGAAUAAUGA